CUCGUUUGCGUUGCUCCUUUAUUAUUAUUUUUUUUAUUCCACUCCACAUCUGAGAUUCCCUGUCUUGCUGGAGGGAAGGAAGAGAAACCUCAGAAAGAGACAGAAGUUUAAGGGUCCUGCCGAGCGGCAGCCAAGAGAAGCACAUUAAGAGAUGUCCAACAACAUGGCAAAGAUUGCAGAGGCCCGUAAGACGGUGGAGCAGCUCAAACUCGAGGUUAACAUCGACCGGAUGAAGGUAUCCAAGGCUGCGGCCGAUCUUCUGGCUUUCUGUGAGGCCCAUGCCAAAGAAGAUCCACUGGUGACACCUGUGCCAUCUUCUGAAAAUCCAUUUCGGGAGAAGAAGUUAUUUUGUACCCUUCUUUAGGGAGCUAGAAGUGGACCCCCAUGACCAGAGUGGUGGUAUAUUUUUACAUGUAUUUGAGGAUGGACUUUUUCAAUGUGAAGUAAUCAGUGAAAAAAAAGAAAAACAUAAUUCUGUAUUGGUGAUAAAAAAAAAAAAACUUGUAAUAGAGCCAAGAGAACACUUGGUGGCGCCACUCUCUAGCUAGACUAGAAUGUGAGCCUGGGUGGGGAUGAGCCACAUUGUGAUGGUCACUUCUGUUCUUUCCUUCCUUCCGUGGCUCGUCUCAGUAAGAGUUUCUACAAUGCAAUGCCAUUUUCCAUGAAGAGAGGGCAGCUCAGCCAACAGACUAGAAAGAGAAGACUACAACAGAGUAGUUUGUCAUACAGGCAGAUUUUUAAUUAUUAACCAAAAAACGUUUCUCCCCUCUUGUGUACCACAUCCCUAAAAGGCACAUCAUUGACUUACCAAUAUAGAAAUAAAUGUCACUUUGCUUUAUUCUCACCACGUCUGAGUUGAUAGGAUGGCAACAAGACUAACGUGACAUUCUCAGGCUCGUUGAGCCAAAUUCAGGGUGAGGGGAGGAGCCUGUAUUGGUACAUGGGGUCAAAGGGGGGAGUUAGGGUAGGAAAUCAAAGGGUCUACCCACAUUCACACCUGAAAUGGAGAUCUUUAGGAUGUGUGACCAGGAGGAAAACCCAAGCAGACAUGAAGAGACCGUGGAAGCACCUGUGACGAGCUGAGAAGUUCUACGAUUGUGUCAUGUUAUGGGCUUUGAUCAUUUUGCGAAUCAAGUGGUACGAUCUUCUACUAGUUGUCUAAUUCAAGGAUUCUACUUCUGUCACUAUUGGUUCCAUUUUCCUAAUUUUUGACGUCCUUAAAUGUGCCUGCGAUGGUCAAGAUUUUUAGUACCCCAUCGUGAAUCCGCAUUCUGUUUUUCUAGAGGCGUGGUCUCUGAGGUCGUGUCCUGUUGGUAAUUGGCGCGAUGGGUGAAAAGGUUCCCUGCUUUAUCCGAUCUGCAGAAAUUCCAAAAAGAUUUUCAAAGACCUUUUGCUCUUUUCCCAUCUUGCUAGUGUUCCUCGGUGUUGCUUACACUUUCAGACCUCGAUUUCUGCCCCACGUUGUGGGUUUCGUUGCUAUUUUUUGACCUCUCUGGAUUGACCCUUUUUCUGUCCAUUCGUCAUUUCCCUCGUAUACGGAGUACAGACGACUCCACUUAAGUGCACGUCGGUUUAGUGCGGGCUACGCUUAGCUGCAUGUGACUUGCAUGGUCCCUAUUUGUAUAAAGUCAAGUAAACGGGCAAUAACUUCAGGAUAAGUGCACAAUCCAAUUAAGCGCACGUACAUUACUUAUCCCAUUGCUAUUCUCUCCAGCCAUAUUCACUCCAGUUAACUGCACGGUCUCUUCACAUCCACUAGUUAAACAACGAUAUCGAUUGACAUGCUCAAAUGAUGUCAUCAGCAUGCAAUGAUACAAUACAAUAAAAUGUAUUUUUGUAUAGCCCAAAAUCACACAAGGAGUGCCACAAUGGGCUUUAACAGGCC